AUGACAGACACGAAGACGAUUGCACUUGCUGAUGGCCGGACCAUUGUGUAUGCCAUCUACGGUGCCUCAACCUCAAGCGCAGCCGACGGCACCGGCAUACCGACGGUCUUUUACCUGCACGGCUUUCCGGGCUCCCAUCACGAGGCCGUCAUCUUUUCGGAGGCGGCGCAGCAGCACGGCCUCCGCAUCGUAGCGCCAUCGCGGCCCGGCAUGGGGGGCUCAAGCUUCCAAGCAAACCGCACACUGCUCUCCUACGCCGACGACAUCACCUCGCUCGCCGACCAUCUACGGAUCUCCCGGUUUGCCCUGCUAGGCGUCUCGGGGGGCGCGCCGUACGUCCUGGCGUGCUGGAAGCGCAUCCCGCGAGCGCGCCUAGUCGGAGCAGGCAUUAUGUCGGGCCUCUAUCCUCCGGCGCUGGGGCUAAGCGGGAUGCUGUUUGGUUCGAGGAUGCUGCUCUGGGUGGCGCCCUGGCUAACGGGUCUGAUUGCAUACGGCCUGGACAGCCAGCUUGGGGCGGCGGCAAGGGACGACGACCGCCCGGGGAGGUUUGAGGCGAUGCUCGCCGAGUCGUUCAAGUCGCGGCCAGCCGUGGAUCAGGCUGCAUGGAAUGCUGACCUUGGAGGGCUGAGAGGCGCAAUGACCAAGAGCACCCGUGAAGCGGUCAGGGCCGGUGGACAGGGACCUGCAUGGGAAGCGAGGCUAUUUGGAAGUGACUGGGGCUUCGGCCUCGAUGACCUGGAGGUAGAGAAGGGCACGCUGGUGAUGUGGCAUGGCAGCGCCGAUGUCAAUGUGCCGGUGGCCAUGGCAGUCAAGGCGGCGGCCCUGGUGCCCACUGCGGACCUUCACAUUGAGGAGGGAGAGGGCCACUGCAGCAUCGUCGCAAAGAAUUCAGGCGAGGCGAUGGCGUGUCUGAGAGGCAUGCUUUGA